AGUGAAUGCAGGGUCCGGGAAGACGGAUAUAGUGAAUGCAGGGUCCGGGGAGAGCGGAUAUAGGGAAUGCAGGGUCCUGGGGAAACCGGAUAUAAUGAAUGCAGGGUCCGGGGAGCCGGAUAUAGUGAAUGCAGGGUCCUGGGGAAACCGGAUAUAGAGAAUGCAGGGUCGGGGGAGACCGGAUAUAGAGAAUGCAGGGUCCGGGGAGACUGGAUAUAGUGAAUGCAGGGUCCGGGGAGCGCGGAUAUAGUGAAUGCAGGGUCUGGGGAGAGCAGAUAUAGUGAAUGCAGGGUCCUGGGGAGACCAUAUAUAGUGAAUGCAGGGUCCGGGGAGAUCGGAUAUGGUGAAUGCGGGCCUGGGGAGACUAGAUAUAGUGAAUACAGGGUCCGGGGAGAACCGGAUAUAGUGAAUGCAGGGUCCAGGGAGACCGGAUAUAGUGAAUGCAGGGUCUGGGGAAGACUGGAUAUAGUGAAUGCAGGGUCCGGGGAGACGGAUAUAGGGAAUGCAGGGUCUGGGGAAACUGGAUAUAGGGAAUGCAGGGUCCGGGGAGACCGGAUAUAGAGAAUGCGGGGUCGGGGGAGACCGGAUAUAGAGAAUGCAGGGUC